UGGAUAUUGGAGAUAUUGUAUUCAGCGGCUGUUAUAAAAUUCGUUCCGGUUCUUGUAGUAACCUUGCUAAAUACAAGUAUGACGUUAAAUGAUACGGAAGUGCAACGUCAGAUACGCCACAUGAUGGCCUUUAUAGACCAGGAAGCUAGAGAAAAGGUGGAAGAAAUAGAUGCUAAAGCGGAAGAAGAGUUUCAAAUCGAAAAGUCUCGUUUGGUCCAAAACCAGCGACUCAAAAUUAUGGAGUACUAUUCAAAGAAAGAAAAGCAAAUAGAACUGACCAAAAAAAUUCAGGAUUCUAACCUAAAAAAUCAGUCUCGUCUCAAAGUCUUACAAAGCAGAGAAAACCAUAUUGAAAUGUUGCUCAAGGAAGCCCAAGAACGUUUACGUAUGGUUACCAGAGAUCGAGAUAUUUAUCAAAAAUGUCUAUCCGGACUUAUCUUAGAAGGGCUUUUCCAGUUACUGGAACCAGAAGUCAUUAUCAGAUGCCGUGAAGUUGACCGUGAUUUAAUACAGAAUCUUCUACCAGGAUGUGUUGCCACUUAUCGAAAUCAGACGAGGACCGAUUGCAGAGUCACGAUUGAUAGCAACUGUUUACCUAAUAACCUUGCUGGUGGAAUCGAACUUUACAAUAAAGAUGGUCGUAUCAAGGUAGUAAACACACUGGAAAGUCGUUUAGAUCAAAUCAGUGAACGUUUAAUGCCACAACUACGCGAAAUUUUAUUCGGAGUAAAUGAAAGCCGAAAAUUCCGCAAUUAGUUAAUUGAUUAUUUCCAUUUCUCAUCAAAGUCAGUAGCGUGAUAAAAAAGUACAACCUCUAGCAUAAUAAAAACUUACUCUUAUUUUCUCUCAUUAUCUAUGUUUAUAACACUAUAUAAAUGUUUGGUUUAUAGUACUACUAUUUGUUAUAUGUUGUUAUAUGUAUGAGAUCGGAAACAUUAAAUUCUAAUCUUACCAUAAAUACUACUUUAAGAUUUUGAGUUUACUUCUCUUUCAAAAUUCAUCCUGUUAACCUUUUGCGCUAAAUGAAAUAAAAUACCAAUUAAUAAUUUUUGUGA